AUGUAUGAAUGUGCUACUUCAGAGCAAGUCGUUAACACAAUUUAUUUCACCUUAAGUCAGGCCAGAGAUUUUUUCCAAGACAAGUUAGCGGAGUUACCUGACUCCUUUAUGGAUGAAAUCGCUAACUAUGAAAAAGAUCCUCAGCUUUAUAUUCAGGAACAUGAACUGAUUCCAAAAUGGUCAGAUGACUAUACCCUUGAUAACUUUUACGAGUCUCGGGCUAUGUCCGAGAUGUAUCAUGCUUGCACCUACUUUGAAGGUGAUAGUGAUCAUAGGCUUUAUCUUGAAGCUUUUGAUCUUACAUACAUUAAGAAAGCGGAAUUUGAACACUUGAAACAGCUACUUAUUGGCGAAAUAGAACGAUUAAACUUUGUCAUUGGGGAUAACAGUUUUCAAAUUCAAGUCGACGAUAAGGUCGAGCACAUGUAUGUCGCCUCGUUUAGACUCCCAUCCAUCUCAUUGCGGAGUUGUGUACAAUAUUUCCGAGAAUUUCUCGAUCCAAAAGAUGAAAUUGUUCAUGCAAGGAUUCCGGUUUUCUCUCAUGAAGUUAUGAGUAUGAAUCCAGGCUAUGUUAAUGCAUAUUUUAUUCUUAAAUUAAAAGGGGAUAAAGUUCCUCCGAAGCGAAAAGUGAUUUUACAACGAAAUUAUUCGGUGAGAAUUCUCACGAAUCUUUCCCAUUGUGUUUAUUGUCACUCCAAAUCUCACACUCGUUUACAAUGUCCUGAGACAGGAGAGUGUAAUAUAUGUGGGAAACUUGGUCACCGUGCUAUGAACUGUGAAAGCCGGAAAAGGCGUAGCCCAGAGGCCGUUCCGAUGAAUGGACCAGUUAAGAUUUUAACUAAACCAUCGGUCGAAACCUCCCAGAAAGUUUCGGGUGAUGGUCAAUCAAAGGAACAUAACAUUAGCGCCCCUCUGAGUUUCGCUGAUACUAUUUUUGACUCAGAUGGAAAGGAAAUAUUUCAUAUAGAUCCUAAUAAAUCUUGGGCUUUUCACAUUUCACAACUCAGGUUAAAGAAAACGGUCCCCUCUAAUUAUUUUGUGGCCCCCUCCGAACCAGUUGCUCGGAAACGUUACAAAGAUGGGUCUAUUCUUGUCGAUAUUGUUGCUAUCGUGGGUCAUCGCAAUGUUGGUCGUGGAUUUAGAUUAGCUGCUCGCCAUGCUCCCACAACAACUCAUCCUGACGGCGAAAUUGUGGAGUAUAAUGCAUCAGCGUUGCUGAGAACCGUCCCCGGAUUUGGUUAA